ACCUUUUUAAAUAUACUCGCAUUUAAUUUUUAUAACUGCUUAAUGAAAUUUGCGUGUUUGAUUGUAUGAUGUACUCAUAUAUAAGCAGCUAUCAAGCAGAUGAGUUUAUGUUUAAAUCGCUUUAAAAAUCAUACGGGCCACCCUCCCAUUCAUUUUAAUGAUGGGAGCAUGUCUGGCUUACAAGCCCAGAUAAUCCGCAUUCGAAUAAACAGCGAUAUGUUCCAGUGCAAAAGCUACAGAAUUUAAACGAAUAUGAACAAAACGACCGUGGGAGUAGUGUUACUAUUAAUCUGAGGUAUGAAAAAGUGAAGGUGCAUCAUUCUCAGAACUACCACCUCAAAAUAGGGGUCAGACACAGUUCAGAGAAACUAUUUAAUCGCAUUAGUAAAAUUACUACAACAGUCACCAACAUGGACGCUUCAUCCACCGAACAGCCGAGCACUUCGAAUGCUCCAAAGCAAGCGAAAAUCAACUCUUCCGCAAUCAAAACCAACACCACGAAUACUGCCACAACCCCAAAAGAGAACUCAAGAACGACGGCGACUCCUACCCUCGCACAAAUUGGCAAGCAGGCAUCGCACAACUUUCGGCUUAGCCAAAUUUCCGAUAGCGGUGCGGAGAGCGGCGACGAACAAACACGUCUGAUCCGCUCACCCUCCGCACGUUCGCAUAAAUUUAUCAUCAUACCCGCCACACCGCCCACACCCAUCGGCACAACAAAAGAAACCUCUCCCCCAGUUCGUCAAACCUUCUCAACAAGCUCAUUGUCCACACUAGCAGCUGCAAUCCAGAAGACGCCUGGCACAAGUCAACAACAAAAACAGCAGUCAUUACAACGACCGAAAUCGGUAUCCCGUCAAUUGUCCGCGUAUGCAACGACUACGGGAGCAGGUUUAGCAAGCACAGCACAAUCGCAAUCACCGCCACAGCUGCCGAGUGGAAUGAGUAAAAUCCAUGCACCGACAACAGUUAAUCAGUCAAUGCUCACACCACACACCGCUUUUCAUUCAACAUCUCCAUUAUCAUCAUCAUCAACGCGUUUAGAAAAAUCACAAUCGGAUGUAGUUCAUCAGUCGACUAAUACGAGUACAAAUACGCCAACAACAAUAGCGACUAUGCUCAAUAAUAAUGCAGCUGGCGUGACAUUUACAAUUGAGGAUUGCGAAUCGGAUGGAGGUGGCGGUGAUCGUUUUGAUGGGGGUGGUGGUGGUAGUUUCGUUAGUGGCGGGCACAUGCCUGCCAUCGAUGCAUCAGUUCAUCCAGAUAUUGCAACCACAAUCAGUUCAAUUAAAUCCGCGACGAAACUCAUACCAAAAUACACGAUCGCCAAUACACAAACCCCACUCUCCUCCUCUACCACAGCGUUAGUUACAGCAUCCACAGCACCGGCGACUACAGCAGCUUACCCCUACUAUCGCGGCGCCUUAACCACCAGUGAAACAAUGCCAUAUCUACAGGGUAUUGGUUCGCGCGCUCGCAGCGAAAGAAGCAGCAUGAGAUCGGUGGUGUCAGCGUACAUACCUAGUUCACAGGAUGCCCUUAGUGAUGCCCUAACACAGUAUGAACUGUUGGAGCAGCAACAACAACAGCAGCAACAUUAUUUACGACCCAGUCAUUCGGGCAAAGAUUUAAGCGCUAGUUCCUCUUUCAUAUAUCGUGAUCACGCUGCCAAUCAAAUUUAUUCGGAUGUGACGUCAGUUCGCUCAUUAGCAUCGAUUGGCAUCGGUUCGACGGAUGGACGUAGAUUAGUGAUUAGACGAGUGCCGAACACUCCACAUGAACUGUUCAAUAUGGUGCAUCCACCCACGCCACCUCUUCCCGGCGUUGACGACGAUGACUAUGACAGCAUUUUGGAUCCCUCUGAUGAUGCGGCCAAUUUAAAGCCACGUCAACAACACUGGGCCAACAAAAUGCAAUUCGUGCUAGCCUGCAUAGGUUACUCAGUGGGGCUGGGCAAUGUCUGGCGUUUCCCCUACAUGUGCUACAAAAGCGGAGGAGGUGUGUUCUUAGUACCUUAUUGCAUUAUUUUGUUUAUAUGCAGUAUUCCUUUGUUGUUCAUGGAGUUAUCAAUUGGUCAAUACACCGGGCGUGGGCCAAUUGGAGCAUUAGGACAGCUAUGCCCUCUCUUUAAAGGCGCUGGUCUCGCUAGUGUAAUUGUCUCCUUCCUAAUGUCCACUUAUUAUAGUGUCAUCAUAGGCUAUUCAAUAUAUUACUUUUUCGCAUCAUUCAGACCAGACAUGCCAUGGGUGGAUUGCAAUAACAGAUGGAACACUCCAGAUUGUUGGGUGCCUCAACGAACUCUUAAGGAUGCUUUUGCGCCAAAUACAUCACGAACACCAUCAGAGGAAUUUUUUGAAAACAAAGUACUGCAAAUCAGUCAUGGCAUUGAGUACCCGGGUGCGAUGCGUUGGGAAUUGUUUGUUUGUCUAAUAUGCGCUUGGCUUAUGGUCUAUUUCGCCACGUGGAAAUCGAUUAAAUCAUCCGCAAAGGUUCGCUACUUCACGGCCACUUUUCCUUUCAUUCUAAUUAUCAUACUUAUGGGGCGCGCGGUCACACUGGAAGGUUCCGAUGAGGGCUUACGCUAUUUCUUUCGACCAAAUUGGUCCGAACUGAAGAAUGCCAAUGUAUGGAUAAAUGCUGCAUCGCAAAAUUUCAAUUCUCUGGGCAUCACUUUCGGUUCGAUGAUCUCUUUUGCGAGCUAUAACAAAUACAAUAACAACAUUGUGCGGGAUACCGUUGCUGUGAGCGUAGUAAAUAUGCUAACUAGUCUACUGGUGGGUGUAUUUGCUUUUGCGACCUUAGGCAAUUUGGCGUUGGAACAAAAUACGAAUGUGCGCGAUGUCAUAAGCGAUGGGCCGGGUUUGAUAUUUGUGGUAUACCCGCAAGCGAUGGCAAAGAUGCCAUAUGCCCAAUUGUGGGCGGUGAUGUUUUUCUUCAUGCUGUUGUGCUUGGGACUCAACUCACAGUUUGCUAUCGUAGAAGUAGUAGUGACUUCGAUACAAGAUGGUUUUCCAAAUUGGAUUAAACGCCAUUUAGGUUAUCACGAGAUUGUGGUGCUGUUUGUGUGUGUCAUCUCAUUUCUCUUUGGCUUACCAAAUCUGAUGCAGGGUGGCAUUUACUUCUUUCAAUUAAUGGAUCAUUAUGCCGCUUCCAUAUCGAUUAUGUUCCUCGCAUUUUGCCAGUUAAUUGCAGUGGCUUGGUUUUAUGGCACUAGUCGGUUAUCGAAGAAUGUCAAACAGAUGACUGGAAAAGCGCCAACAUUAUAUAUCAAGACGUGUUGGCUCCUAAUGGGACCAUGUCUGCUUUUUGCAAUUUGGGUGCUCAGUUUAAUCAACUAUGAGGAGCCAAGCUAUCACAACGGCCGCUACAAGUAUCCCGACUGGGCCUACGGCAUUGGCUGGAUGUUUGCCUCGCUUUCACUCAUAUGCAUACCAGGCUAUGCUGUUAUCAAUUUAUUGCGUGCGGAUGGUCGAACUUUUAUGGAGCGCUUGAGGAAUACAUUACGCCCCAAUAUCUACGAAUGCCGAAUAUGCGGCGAACAUCACUGCGAGCAUGAUUUCCCUGAACAGGAACAGUAUAUGCUGGCACAAGAAUUAUCUGGUAUUUAUAAACCAAAAGACCCGUUGGAUCCCAACGCUCCGCUACAUCAUUUGAAUGCAGGCAACAAGGCUGGCUAUAAUCCAAUGCUUCCACAGCGCGAGCCAACUGAAUUUACCUAUGAGGAGAAGACUCAACAGGACGAAGAUGCGCAUUUGCCGCCAGCGUCUACAGCCAGCACAUCUACAGCAGCGGGAUACUCGUAUAAUAAAUGUUGAAUAUUUACGACAUACAUACAUAUAUGCGGCUUAGAUGACCUUGUCUACUGUGUGUACAUUGCGCUCAAUUAGUACUCAUAAUUAGUUAACUAAAUUACAUUCGCGGCAUCGAACAUUUACAUUUUACGCAAAAUGACUUUAUUUGUUGGAUUGGAAUUAAAUACUUUGCUAAUAACGUAUAUAUAAGUGCAUAUGUAUGUACGACUGCAUGUAUAUUCUAAAUAAGCUAAUUUAAAAACAAUUUAAGCUUUCCUUAAACUACAUACUUAUGUAUGUAUGUAUGUAUAUUAUUAGAAUGAAGACACUUCUCAAAAUUGUUGGCUGAAAGCGAAAAUCUCAACAGAUGUAAGUUUAAAGUUAUUCAAUAUAAAAAAUACUUUUA